CUACUUGGAACCAGAGACAGGCAUCAUCAGCAUUUCCUGUGUUCUAAGUUCUAACAUCUAACAGUAAAAACUCGUGCGUCGCGCAACGGUUACACAACUGGUUGCAUUAACCUUAAAUUUAUGUCUUUGUAUCAAACCCUAAAGUAAUAAAAGUAAGAAGAUCAAAAUAAAAGAAAAGAAAAAGGAAAUUAAUUUUAAAAAACAAGUCGCUAUCUAAGCUUGAACAAAAACAGUGCAAGCUGCAGGCAAGGUUCUUCUUUUCUCUCUCUCUUUGAGCGAAAAAAAUAAUAUAUAUAUAAAAAAGAAAGAAAAACUAGAAAGAGUAUAAAGAGGCGAAAGGGAGAGGGAGCACGGUUGAAGGAGAAAAGUAGAGAGGGAAAGGAAAGUUAUCAAAGCAGAAUAAGGGUUGAUAGACCGUGGAAUCUUAAAGAAUCACACACAAAGUUUUGGGUUUUUCUUUUUUUCUCUUUUUUCUGGGUUCUCAUUCUCUCCUUUUUGCUAUAAACCCUUAACAUAUUGCGUGUUUCGUACGGUCUAUCCACCCUAAUCUGCAAAUUUACAAUCUUUACUACUCUCUCUCUCUUUCUCUUAUCACACAUUCACAGCUGAUUUUGUAUCGAGAUCCUUAAAAGUUCUUCUGCAGUUCUCUAUUUUCCUUUUUUAUUUUUUUUAAAGAAGAAAUUUUGAUUUAUACUCUUGUUUCUUUUCUCUGUUAUCUUUUGGCUCUUGAUAUAUAUUUUUUUUUUGUUUUGAAUGUUGUGUACUGUGUGUUUUUAAGAUAUGACAGAGGGUGAGAGUAGGGUUUCAGGGACUGUGGGUGGCGGUGGCGACACAUCUUACUGGCUGGAUGCCUGUGAGGACAUCUCAUGUGAUCUUAUUGACAAUCUUGUUGAUUUUGAUACUUCAAUUGUUCAAGAUUCAGUAGUUGUUGAUGAUACUUCAAAUCAGGAUCAUCUUGUUAACGAUUUCUUUGGAGGUAUUGAUCACAUUCUUGAUAGUAUUAAGAAUGGUAGUGGCUUGCCUCCCCUUUCUGACACCAUUAAUAAUUAUAGUAACAGCAAUAGUCUUACAACGGCAGUUGCUGUUGUUGGGAAUAAUGGAGGAAUUCAGGAUUGUAAUGUUGGGGAAGGGUGGUUUACUAAUGAGGCAGCUGAUGUUUGCACUAAUGGAGUUCAAAGCUCCUCAUUGCAUUUAAAUGGUAGUGAUAAGAACAUUGAAAGCAAAGGGCAGUUGGAGAUUUUUGAUAAUGGAUUGAGUUUAUUGGUUGGGGAGGGAGAAGAGAGAUUGAAUUUAUUGGAUAAUUCUGUUAGGGAAAAUGGAAGUAGAGGCGAGGGGCAAAGGGAGCGAGAUAUUGAUAGUGAUGUACGGUCCUGUAAAAGGGCCAGGAUUACCAGUUAUAAAAAUGAGAGGCAGUACUCUAGUAGAGGGCAGUAUGAUGCUAGGGAUAGGGACAGGAGCUCUAACAGGAAGAGACUCCGAGACUGGGAUGACAUUGAUAGGAGGGACAGGGAUUAUCUUCGGAGAAGAGAUCGAUAUGGUGGUGGUGGUGGUAGGAGGGAUGGUAAGGAUAGGGAUUUGAGAGAUAGGGAACCGAGGGGUUACUGGGAGAGGGACCGUUCUGGGUCCAGUGAGAUGGUUUUUCGUGUAGGAACUUGGGAAGCUGACCGUAACAAAGGAAAGGAAGUUAACGGCAAAGAUCAGGAGUCUAAUGGGAAGGCAGAGAAGAAAGUCGAGGAGACUAAGGAGAAAAUUCCUGAGGAGCAAGCCCGACAAUAUCAAUUAGAUGUUCUUGAACAGGCUAAGAGGAAAAAUACAAUAGCUUUUCUAGAAACUGGUGCAGGGAAGACCCUCAUUGCUGUACUUCUCAUGAAAAGUCUUAGUAAUGACUUGCAAAGGCAGAAUAAGAAAAUGCUUGCUGUAUUCUUGGUUCCUAAGGUUCCACUUGUCUAUCAGCAAGCAGAAGUCAUCCGCGAGCGUACUGGUUACCAAGUGGGCCAUUAUUGUGGUGAAAUGGGUCAAGAUUUCUGGGAUGCUAGGCGGUGGCAGCGGGAGUUUGAUUCGAAACAGGUUUUAGUAAUGACAGCCCAAAUUCUUUUAAACAUUCUGAGGCACAGCAUAAUCAAAAUGGAGGCAAUUAAUCUCCUUAUUUUGGACGAAUGUCAUCAUGCUGUGAAGAAACAUCCUUAUUCGCUAGUGAUGUCUGAGUUCUAUCAUACAACACUAAAGGAGAAGCGACCAUCUGUUUUUGGAAUGACUGCUUCUCCUGUUAACCUAAAGGGUGUUUCAAGUCAGGUGGAUUGUGCAAUAAAAAUUCGUAAUCUUGAGAGUAAAUUAGAUUCGAUAGUUUGUACAAUAAAGGACCGCAAGGAACUGGAAAAACAUGUGCCAAUGCCUUCGGAAAUUGUGGUGGAGUAUGACAAAGCAGCCACCUUAUGGUCCCUUCAUGAAAAGAUAAAGCAAAUGGAAGUUGCUGUUGAAGAAGCUGCGCAAUCAAGUUCAAGGAGGAGUAAAUGGCAGUUUAUGGGAGCCAGAGAUGCUGGGGCUAAGGAAGAGUUGCGUCAAGUUUAUGGUGUCUCUGAAAGAACAGAAAGUGAUGGGGCUGCUAACUUGAUUCAAAAGUUGAGGGCUAUCAAUUAUGCACUUGGUGAACUGGGUCAGUGGUGUGCUUACAAGGUUGCACAAUCAUUUUUGAUGGCAUUACAAAGUGAUGAGAGGGCAAACUACCAGCUUGAUGUCAAGUUUCAAGAAUCCUACCUGGAAAAGGUUGUUUCACUCUUGCAAUGCCAACUGACAGAAGGAGCUGUGACAGAUAAGGAUACAAAAUCUCCUGAGAAUGAGAAUGGGGUUGCUCAAGCUGGGAGUGAUCCUGAUGAUAUUGAAGAAGGAGAGCUCCCUGACAGCCAUGUUGUCUCUGGUGGGGAGCAUGUGGAUGUGAUAAUAGGAGCUGCUGUAGCUGAUGGAAAAGUGACCCCAAAAGUGCAGUCAUUAGUAAAAAUACUUCUUAAGUAUCAGCACACAGAGGAUUUUCGUGCAAUCAUCUUUGUUGAGCGAGUAGUAGCUGCUUUAGUUCUUCCAAAGGUUUUUGCAGAGCUACCAUCUCUAAGUUUUGUUAGGUGUGCAAGCUUGAUUGGACACAACAAUAGUCAGGAAAUGCGGACUUCCCAAAUGCAAGACACAAUUGCCAAAUUUCGAGAUGGUCGUGUGACGUUGUUGGUUGCUACCAGUGUUGCUGAGGAAGGACUAGAUAUUAGGCAAUGCAAUGUUGUUAUUCGCUUUGAUCUUGCAAAAACCGUUCUCGCAUACAUUCAGUCGAGGGGUCGUGCAAGAAAGCCAGGUUCAGAUUAUAUCUUGAUGGUUGAGAGGGGAAAUCUGUCUCAUGGAGCAUUCUUAAGGAACGCUAGGAAUAGUGAGGAGACCUUGCGGAGAGAAGCAAUUGAGAGAACUGACCUCAGUCACCUUAAGGAUACUUCAAGGUUAAUUUCUGUGGAUUCAGUGCCAGGAACUGUAUACCAGGUGGAGUCAACUGGUGCUAUUGUGAGCUUGAACUCUGCUGUGGGGCUUAUCCAUUUCUAUUGCUCUCAGUUACCCAGUGACAGGUAUUCAAUACUUCGUCCUGAGUUCAUAAUGGAAAGGCACGAGAAGCCAGGGGGUCCAACAGAAUAUUCAUGCAAACUACAACUUCCUUCUAACGUGCCAUUUGAGAAGCUCGAGGGUCCUCUGUGCAGUUCAAUGCGCCUUGCGCAACAGGCUGUUUGUUUGGCUGCUUGCAAAAAGCUCCAUGAGAUGGGAGCAUUUACUGACAUGCUCUUGCCAGACAAAGGAAGUGGGGAAGAAAGAGAACAGGUUGACCAGAAUGAUGAAGGUGAACCACUUCCUGGGACUGCUAGGCAUAGAGAGUUCUAUCCUGAAGGUGUAGCCAAUAUACUCCAGGGAGAAUGGAUCUUAUGUGGAAGAGAUGGUUGGAACAACUCCAACAAAUUGCUUCAUCUUUAUAUGUAUGCUGUUAAAUGUGUAAACAGUGGUGCUUCAAAAGAUCCAUUCUUAACUCAAGUUUCAGAAUUUGCAGUGCUUUUUGGCAACGAGCUGGAUGCAGAGGUGUUAUCGAUGUCGAUGGAUCUGUUUAUCGCUCGAACCAUUAUAACAAAGGCAUCUCUUGUCUUUAGGGGUCCAAUUGAUAUUACUGAAAAUCAGCUGGCAUCCCUAAAAAGUUUUCAUGUGAGAUUGAUGAGCAUUGUACUGGAUGUGGAUGUUGAACCUUCCACCACUCCUUGGGAUCCUGCAAAAGCGUAUUUGUUUGUCCCUAUGGUUGGCGAUAAGUUUGUAAAUCCUAUAAAAGAAAUUGACUGGGAUCUAGUUGAAAAUGUAAUUAGAACAGAUGUGUGGAGCAAUCCCCUUCAAAGGGCUCGGCCAGAUGUUUACCUUGGUACAAAUGAGAGGACACUUGGUGGAGAUAGAAGGGAGUAUGGAUUUGGGAAGUUGCGUCAUGGUAUGGCUUUUGGACAGAAAUCCCAUCCCACCUAUGGUAUCAGAGGAGCUGUAGCACAAUUUGAUGUUGUGAAAGCUUCUGGAUUGGUUCCUAAUCGGGCUGGAGUUGAAAUACAAAAAGUGGAGUUACCCAAAGGCAAACUGAUGAUGGCUGACAGUUAUGUUGGUGCAGAAGAAUUAGUGGGGAGGAUUGUAACAGCUGCACACUCAGGAAAAAGAUUCUAUGUGGAUUCCAUACGCUAUGACAUGACAGCUGAGAACUCAUUCCCACGGAAAGAGGGUUAUCUUGGUCCUUUAGAGUAUAGCUCAUAUGCUGAUUAUUACAAGCAAAAGUAUGGAGUUGAACUGAUGUUUAAGCAACAACCUUUAAUAAGAGGACGUGGUGUCUCAUACUGCAAAAAUCUUCUAUCCCCUCGGUUUGAACACUCGGACUCAAAUGAAGGUGAAUCUGAAGAGAUUCUUGACAAAACAUACUAUGUGUUUCUUCCUCCUGAGCUAUGCUUAGUUCACCCCCUUCCUGGAUCACUUGUUCGAGGUGCCCAGAGAUUGCCAUCAAUAAUGAGGAGGGUAGAAAGCAUGCUGCUUGCAAUUCAACUCAAGGAUAUAAUACAUUAUUCAGUCCCUGCUUUGAAGAUCUUGGAAGCCUUGACUGCAGCUUCAUGCCAAGAGACAUUCUGCUACGAGAGAGCAGAACUUCUAGGAGAUGCUUACCUAAAGUGGGUUGUUAGUCGAUUUCUCUUUCUUAAAUAUCCCCAAAAACAUGAGGGUCAACUCACUAGGAUGAGGCAACAAAUGGUGAGUAACAUGGUUUUAUAUCAAUAUGCAUUAAUUAAAGGACUUCAGUCAUACAUCCAGGCAGAUCGUUUUGCUCCAUCUAGAUGGGCUGCUCCUGGGGUGUUACCUGUUUUCGACGAGGAUACAAAGGAUGGAGAUUCCUCCUUAUUUGAUCAGGAAAAAUCACUUAUAGAGAAUAAACCAAAAGUGGAUCAUGCUGAUGAUGGAUAUGAAGAUGAUGAAAUUGAGGAUGGUGAGCUUGAGAGUGACUCAAGUUCUUAUAGAGUACUCUCAAGCAAGACAUUAGCAGAUGUUGUUGAAGCAUUGAUUGGAAUUUAUUAUGUUGAAGGUGGUAAGACUGCAGCAAACCACCUCAUGCGCUGGAUUGGGAUAAAGGUAGAGUUUGAUCAUGAAGAGAUAGAUUCUGCAAUAAGGCCAUCCAAUGUUCCAGAAAGUAUACUCAGAAGUAUUGAUUUUGAUGCCCUAGAAGGUGCUUUGAACAUUAAGUUUCAAGAUCGAGGCCUCUUGGUGGAAGCCAUCACUCAUGCAUCACGACCAUCUUCUGGUGUAUCCUGUUAUCAACGAUUAGAAUUUGUUGGUGAUGCAGUCUUAGAUCAUCUCAUUACAAGGCACUUAUUUUUCACAUACACAAACCUUCCCCCAGGUCGCCUGACUGAUUUACGAGCUGCUGCUGUAAACAAUGAAAAUUUUGCACGUGUUGCAGUUAACCAUAAGCUCCAUGUGCAUCUUCGGCAUGGAUCAAGUGCCCUUGAAAAGCAGCCACUUGUAUAUCAGAUUCGGGAUUUUGUAAGAGAAGUUCAAGAUGAAUUAUCAAAGCCAGGCUUCAACUCCUUUGGUUUAGGGGAUUGCAAAGCUCCAAAGGUUCUUGGUGACAUUGUGGAAUCUAUUGCAGGUGCCAUUUUCCUGGACAGUGGACGAGAUACUGCAGUCGUUUGGAAGGUUUUUCAACCUUUAUUGCAUCCAAUGGUCACUCCAGAAACCCUUCCAAUGCAUCCUGUCAGGGAGCUGCAAGAGCGGUGCCAGCAACAGGCUGAAGGCUUGGAAUACAAAGCCACACGAAGUGGCAAUCUGGCUACCGUUGAAGUUUUUAUAGAUGGUGUCCAGGUAGGAGUUGCUCAGAAUCCACAAAAGAAGAUGGCACAGAAACUUGCUGCUAGGAAUGCUCUUGUUAUUUUGAAAGACAAGGAAACAGCUGAAGCUAAGGAAAAGGGCAAUGACAACGGGAAAAAGAAGAAAAAUGGCAACCAAACAUUUACCAGGCAAACCUUAAACGAUAUCUGCUUGCGCAGGAAUUGGCCUAUGCCCUUUUAUCGGUGUGUGAAUGAGGGCGGCCCUGCACAUGCAAAGAGGUUUACAUUUGCAGUUCGUGUGAAUACUACUGACAGGGGAUGGACUGAUGAAUGCGUUGGAGAGCCGAUGCCAAGCGUCAAAAAGGCCAAGGACUCUGCUGCAGUUCUCCUCUUGGAGCUUUUGAAUAAACGGUACUCAUGAAAAAACAAAUAAUUGGCGUUAGCUAUUUGUACGCAAUUAAAUGCCUAUUUCAUUCAUUGAUCUGAUCCACUGCUACAAUUCUGUUGUUCGUGUAACAUCAUGAGUCUAUCAUAACUAUAAUCUCUUACAUCAGAUACAGCCAAGUACAGAUUCAAAGAAUUGCUCCAUCAUGCGAGAAUACAAUUCACUUUAUAUUGUCAA